AUGACUGGGACUUCUGCUGUCCAGCCACCAUUGAUGUUGCCGCGUGUUAGCAUGCAGGCUCAUGGAGCUAGACUGGCUGGGAACCAGUCAGGGGAAUCAACAGACGAAAGUGCUCAUAGAUUGAGCAAAAAUGUGCAGACUAGAGUCUCAGUUCAAACAUGCGAAAUUCUUGGAUCCAUCACUCUGACUGCUGAGCUGCUAUCACCAUCUUGGCAUACCAAUUCGAAUGUCCCUGUCCCAGUGCCUACACAAAUAGAGUCUAUUUCCCAUUCCAAUACUUUGGGGGGGACAAUUCCUUGCUUGCAGAAGGACAAAAGAAACCUGAAAAAGGUUGCUCAAUGGGCAAAAGCAAAAGUCCAAGCACUUCAAGCUGAAAUCAAAGCAAUUAAAGCAACAAUGAUGAGGGAUAUGAAGAGAUUGGAUCUGUGCCUGAAUUUAGAAAGGGAAAUGUCAAUAAUUUUGGAAUCAAAACUUACCAAGUUGAGGAAAUCUUCAAUGUGGCAGCGGAGGAAAUCAUAUGCUCUCCAACAACAAAAUGGCAGGCUCCAAUCGAGGCUCAAGAACAGCCUCAACCCAAUCAAAUGUCAUAGGAAGCUUGCCCUGAAGUACGGCAGCAUCUAUUCAUUUAAGGCCCGAUCUCUGGUCCGCCAUCUCUGUUGCCUUAAUAUCCCCAAUGUGACUAUUGGAAAGGUCAUCAAAGAAUGUUCUGUGUUCUUUGGAAUCACUCUGAAUAGUGUUCCAAGUGCACGGACAUGCAGUCGGAUCAUGAUAGAAGCAGGGAUAGCGGCAGGAGCUCAGAUAGUGGAAGUUGCACAGAAGGCAAAGGGCAUUGCUUAUAGUGGUGAUUCAACGCAGCACAAGCACAUUGACUACCAUGGAUCUCAUUUCACAAUGGACAUUGCUGAUCCGCCACACAAUUCCACACCAACACAAAAUCCACCAAUUCACCAGACUUUCUUCCUUGGAAUCGAGUCAUUACCAUCACAUACCAGUGCCCAACAGUUAUCCAAUCUUCAAAGGAAACUAGAACAAUUCUGUUCUUCCCAUAUGAGCCUUCCAAGUCUGAGGUUGGCAGAAGAAGUCAAACCUGAUGAUAUCUUCCGUGCAAUAAAUGGGACAGUCACUGACCAUGCAAGUGAUCAGAAGCGGUUUGUUGACCUUCUUUGUAAUCUCAAACUCUCGGCCUGGUACAGAGAGCUUGGCCGGGAAUAUUGGGAUUGGAUGAAUGCUCAGGCAAAGUGUAUUGCUACCGCGAUCACCUGA